AAAAGGAAAAUUCAAUAGGGAAUUAAACCAACAAUUUCCAAUGCAUAUAUUUCUCUUCAUCAUUGUGUUUUAACUAUUGAUUUCUUUCAUUCUAACUAUAUUAUGUACAUAUGUAUAUUUGUGUGUAAUAUAUAGCUAAUAAGAAUAGAUAUGCCUUUUGUAUAACUUCUUACAGAGCCAAAAUGCUUUAAAUAUAUAUAAAAGAAUGGAACCUCAUCAUGUUCCUUACUCCACCUUUUUCUUCUGUUCAAUGUUGGGUACUUUCUCUAUUAUAAAUGCCAGUACUACUAAAACCGAUGAUAUCUCUUGCCUUCCUUUGAAACCCUGCAGAGAGCAUAGCUUCUUUGAAAAUUUUAAACAGGGGUUUGCCCUUGGUUAUGAGGUUUGUGCAAUCAUUUUUACAUCUUGUUUUUUUACCUAUUACUCUUUUCUAUGGUACUUGUAUUUCAAAAAGAGGAAAAGAAAAACAGGGGUGAAGGUGUAUCCUUUGACAAAGAAUAACCAAAGGAAGGAAGCUUAUAAUCGAGCUAUAAGGUUGUGCCACGAGAUUUCAGAGAUACGGAGGUGGGUUGAUAGAAUGAGUUUUGAAGAAAUCAGCAAAGCAACUAACAAGUUCAACCAGCACAACAUCAUUGGCUUGGGAAGGAUGGGGACUAUGUACAAGGCACUGCUUAAAAAUGGUUGUGCCUUUGCUGUUACGAGGCUCAAUGACUCACAAACCUAGAUAGGGAGUUCAUUUAUGAGCUAAAAAGUCAAGGUAGACUGAGACACAAAAAUUUAGUCCCCCUUCUAGGUUUUUGCAUACAAGGGACAGAGAGAAUCUUGGUAUACAAAUACAUGUCAAAUGGAAACCUCUAUGAUUGGCUUCAUCAUCCCGCACAAGGUCAUGAGGUCAUGAUAAUGGAAUGGCCUUUGAGGGUCAAGAUUGCAGUUGGGAUAGCAAGAGGGCUGGCAUGGCUACACCAUAAUUGCAAUUUGAAAACAGUUCAUCUCAACCUAAACUCAAACUGUAUUUUGUUAGACCAGAACUUCGAGCCUAAGAUAUCGAACCUUAUGGAUCCAAAUCAUCCCAAUUCAAGCAGGAUUAAGAGGGCAAUUAGUGGCGAUGAGAUUCAGGAGAUGGAUGGUUUAGAGAAGGAGGAUGUUUAUAGGUUUGGGAUUGUUUUGCUUGAGCUGAUUACACUGAAGGAGCCUAGUCCAAUGACAUUGGUAGAAUGGGUUGGUCAACUACUGAGUAGUGCUUCAGCUGGAUUUUACCAUGGGAUUGACGGAAGUUUGGUUGGUAAAGGUUUUAAUUGUGAAAUUAUUAGGUUUCUUAGAGUUGUUGCUGAGUGUGUGCAACCCUUUCCUGAUGAGAGGCCAACCAUGCUUCAAGUCCAACAAAAACUAAUAGUUGUGGGAGAUAGAUAUGGGCUCACAUAAAACAAAUCUUGAUCAAGGUUGUAAUGGUAUUUGGCAUGCAUAUAAAUAUGAUUAAUAUGUAAAUUUGUGUUUCUUGGGAUCUAGUGACCAGUUGAAUCUAAUGUUUUAAUGCACUCUGUAUGUCACUGUGGCUAAUAUAUGCAUUGAAAUU